GUACCGCUCCCGGGACCCCGUGCGCAACCUCCGCCUCCGAGUCCACCUGCAAAGAAUCACAUCAAGCAACUACCACCAUUGCCAGCCUGCUGCCCAACUGGGGAAGGAUCUCAUAGACUUGGCCACUUUUAGGCCUCACCCAACGGCCAGUGGGUGUAUAGUGGUGAUGGGGCCCCUUGGGGGUCUGGGGAAGGGCCUAGGGCGGAGGUUACCUCUUACGACAGAGUAGACCCAGGUCUAUAGUCUGAGAAAAGGUAUAGAGAGGUUGGGUUUCUUGUCCAAGGUCACUGGGCUGCUAACUGUUGAAGUCAGAAUUUGAUCCCAAGCAAUUUUAACUACUGCAUUAUGUUGUGUGAAAAGUGGAUAAGACGAGAUUCCUAUCAUCAAGAAGCUGAUCUGAACUGUGGUCAAACGUAGUGAAAUAGCGAAUACCGUGCUUUAGGUAUAUUAUAAAUUUACCUCUAAACCCAAAUGCCAUUUGUGGCAUUUAUUUUUUUUUCUAAGAGAAAAUAUCACUCCAAGCUUGAAACUUACGAUAUAAACACUUUUUAAAAACAAGUUAAACAUUUGGGUCUGCUUGGAAAAUGCACUUUUAUUUUUUUUUACCUUGCUGUGUGGCAUGUGGGAUCUUAGUUUUCCCUGUAGGGAUGGAACCCAUGCCCCCUGCAGUGCAACCAGGGGACUACCAAGGAAGUCCCAGAAAAUGUACAUGUUAGUAUUAUCUGUGUUCUAGCCUUUUUCCUUCUCUGAGAAGCCAGAAAAGUGAGAAAGAGAAGACAGUGUGUUUGUGUUAGGUCACUAGUCUCUUUGCUUUUGUUGUUUCUGUUCAGAAAUAUUCCUGGGCAAAAGUGUGAGCUGGUGGGUUUUGAAGCAUAUACCUUUGGAAAAGGCAUACUCAUAUAGGAGUCUACAUAUUAGAUUUAGUUCUUUAAAAAAAUCACUUAUAUGUCUUUCCUUUUCUCUCUUAACACUUGAUCUUUUAAGGUUACAGUGUUUGUGAUUCUAGGUUUAUGGCUUCAGAAAUAGUGAAGAUAAAAAUGCCAUGGUUCCUAUCUAGCAAAUGUAGACAAUUGGGAUUGAGAAAGAGCUGUUCAGCCUGUAUCUAAAUUUCAGCUCUUGACUCUAAAUUAGAUUAAAUAAUUCCUGGAGGACAUGAUUUCUUUUAUUAAAGUUAGAGGGGUGGUUAAAACUUCUUGGCUCUUAAUCUUGGCUUCUGCACAUAUCUACUGCCUCUCUAGAGUGAGUACUUCAUAAAAUCAGUGAACUCCAACUGGUUUUGUGGCAAAUAUAAGACCACAGACUUUGGUUAUAACCAACCAGAGAGCAAGAAGUGGUGUUAGUUGGGCUCAAACAUUUGACUCACUCUGUUUUCUUUGGAGGUGGACACCGCCCAGAGGAAGAAGAAGAAGAGGAGGUUGUGAUUGGGUGGCAAGAGAAGCUCUUCAGCCAGUUUGAAGUAGAUCUGUACCAAAAUGAAGCAGCCUGUCAGAGCCCUUUGGAUCAUCAGUACCGUCAAGAGAUUCUGAAGCUGGAAGAUUCAGGCGGCAGGAAGAACCAACGGAUCUUUACCUACACUGACUCUGAUAGAUACACCAAUUUGGAGGAGCACUGUCAGAAAAUGACCACUGCAGCCAGCGAAAUGCCAUCCUUCUUGGUCGAGCGAAUGGCAAAUGUCAGGCGGCGACGGCAGGACAAGCGAGGGAUGCUCUUCAGGGGGUGCCAGGGAAGUGAGCCUUCCUGUGGUGUCUCCCAGGGAGGGUGGCAUUCUUAAGUCACGAGUCGUCACCUGGGAGCCCUCAGAAGAAUUCAUCAGAAACAACCAUGUCAUCAACACCCCUCUUCAGACCAUGUACAUCAUGGCAGACCUGGGGCCCUAUGGAAAGCUUGGCUAUAAGAAGCAUGAACAUGUCCUCUGUACUCUGAAGGUGGACAGCAAUGGAGUGAUCACAGUAAAACCUGACUUCACUGGCUCCAAAGGGCCCUACAGAAUCGAGACAGAGGGGGAGAAGCAAGAGCUGUGGAAGUAUACGAUUGACAAUGUGUCUUCCCUCGCCCAGCCUGAGGAGGAGGAGCGGGAACAGCGCGUCUUCAAGGACCUCUAUGGCCGGCACAAGGAGUAUCUCAACAGCCUCGUGGGCACUGACUUUGAGAUGACCGUACCAGGUGCCCUCCGGCUCUUCUUGAAUGGAGAGGUGGUUUCAGCCCAGGGCUAUGAGUAUGACAACCUGUACGUCCACUUCUUUGUGGAAUUGCCAACUUCUAACUGGUCAAGCCCAGCAUUCCAGCAGCUCUCAGGAAUAACACAGACCUGUGCCACCAAGUCCUGGGGGAUGGAUAACGUGGCCUACUUCUCCUACCCUUUCACGUUUGAGGCCUCCUUCCUCCACGAGGACGAAUCUGUCGGUGCGCUCCCAGAGUGGCCCGUGCUCUACUGCGAGGUCCUCUCGCUGGACUUCUGGCAGCGGUACCGUGUGGAAGGCUACGGGGCUGUGGUGCUGCCCGCCACCCCAGGCUCUCACACCCUGACGGUCUCCACCUGGAGGCCCCUGGAGCUCAGCCCAGUGGCUGAACUGCGGAGGUUUUUCAUUGGUGGCUCUCUGGAACUGGAGGACCUCUCCUACGUGUGGAUACCAGGAACCUUCAAGGGGGAGCGUCUGAGCCGCUUCGGACUCCGCACCGAGACCACAGGCAGUGUCACCUUCCGCCUGCACUGUCUGCAGCAGUCCCGGGCCUUCAUGGAGUCAAGUUCCCUCCGGAAGAGAAUGCGGAGUGUGUUGGACCGUCUGGAGGGAUUCAGCCAGCAGAGUUCCAUUCAUAAUGUUCUGGAGGCCUUCCGGCGAGCCCGGCGCCGUAUGCAGGAGGCCCGAGAAAGCCUUCCCCAGGACCUUGUGAGCCCCUCAGAAACCUCAGUCUCCUAGCUUGCUGCAGCCCUGGCCUCUGCGAUGAGUGAUACCCACCACGGCCCGGGCCCUGCCACCUCUUUAUCUUUCUGGUUAGAGACCCCGCUGACCUGCUGAGAACCAGAGGAGCUGAGAAUCCUGACCCCCCCACCUGCUCUUCAGCUACCAAAUGGCAACAAAGCCAGAGACCCUGUGGCCCACAGGUGGUCCCCUCUUGAUAUGUCAGCCCCUGCACACGUCCCUUACAAGAGGACAGGUGUUUCGGGGUUGAGACCCGUUUGGGGGUAAGGCCAGAGUUACUUCUGUCCUUGGCACCGCCUGCUCUCCAGCCUGUCUCUGGGUCUCGGGGACAGAGCGCAGCGGUCUGUCCUGCUCUGCACCUGCUGCACACUUGGGGCCUGAGAGAGAAGGCAGCCGAGGGAGCUCUUCCAUUCCCAGCCCGGGAGCCCAGCCUCCUCUUUCCGCCGGGGGCUGGCUGCCAGCGUAAAUGAAGGCUGAAGGCAAUGUCCAGUCCUUUAUGCUAGCUGGCUAGUAGCUUUUGUUGUGUUUUUUGUGCAUAAAAAGAUUUUCUAC